GUAUGUAUUCCCAAUAUGGAUUACGAGAGAAUGGAGCUUUCCGCUUCUUUCUUCACAUUCCGCGGGGUUUUAGCAGGGUUUAACAAAAUUCUAAAACCCUAAUCAUCUUUUUACUCUUUCUCUCUCUCUUUCCUUCCAAUGCCCAUUCUUCGAACUCUGUCAUCCGGUAUUCAUCUACAAUCUAUUUCUCUUAACUUCUGUUACUUUCGAAUUCUAAUUCUUACUCGAAUAUGGAAGAUUUAGAUGAUGAUUUCGGUGAUUUAUACGCUGAUGUCGAACUUCAAGCGAGCUCCGCAAUCAAUGGUGUAUCAGACUUUUCCGGAAAAUAUUCAAAACAUCAACAUAACAAUGAAGUGAGAGUAGAUGAGAGGAGAGAGAAUAAUUCCGGAGUCAGAGGAAGUGAGAGGAGAGAGAAAGGUUUAGAAACGACCGACAAUGCCAAUGAUGAGGUGGAAGUGGAAAAUGACAGCGAUAGCAGCGACGAUGAUGACUUUGAUGUCGUUGUGAACGACGAAGAUUUCGGACCGAAAAAUGGUGGUGGAGAUGGUAGGCGGUGUAAUGAGGAGGUGGUGGAGGAAAUGGAGGUGGAGUUUGUGGAGGGGAAUUUGACGGGAAAAAACCGAAUGCGGAUUGAUAUCGAUCAAUUGCAGCUGAGUGGUGGUGGCGGUGGUGGUGGAGGGAAUGUGAUGAAAAAUGGCAGUAAUUCGGAAUAUAAGAAUCUUAGAAGAUAUAGCCCGGUGUUUGUAGGAAAUCAACGAGCUGUGAGUUCCUGGAAAGCCAAUAGGGAGGAUGUUUGGUAUGGUCAACCUAGAAUGUCAGGGUUUGUUCCUGGUUUGGCUGGCAAUGGAAAUAAUUUCUGGCUUCCGUGGUACAGGACUAUUUUAGAUGUGGACAUUGAUGCAAUUGAGCAGAAGUCUUGGACUCAACCUGGUGCUGAUAAAACAGACUAUUUUAAUUUCGAAUUUGAUGAGGAAAGUUGGAGAAACUAUUGUCAGUCACUGGAUCAAUUACGCCAACGAACAUUCAGUCAGACAAGGAAUCAAAAUAAUGAAGCUGGACCUGUUAAGGAACUAGAGUCUGAAGGUUUUGUUGAUGCCGAGUCCAUCCCUUAUGGGCUCAGGAAAAUGACUUCUCAUGAGUCAGCUUUUGCUACAAGGCAGUUUAAAAAGCAAAUUGGUCAAGCCAUCCAUGUAGAAAGUAGCAAUAUUGAGCGCCAGCCGUCUACGGAUGCUAGACGUCCAUGCAAUCGUGAUUCUGAUGUCAUACAGAUAACUGUUCAAGAUCCAGAAGAGCCCUCUUUUUCUGGCAAUGAGGAGCUGGAAAAUACACCUGAAACUCAAUUUAAAAUGUCAGAGAAGGGGUAUGACCAUGAGAAUGUCGAGCUAGAAGCUGAGAAACCUGGUGGCCCCGAGAUUUAUGAAACGGGGAAGAUUUUUAUGGAGGGAGAUUCUCAAAGAUCAAGUGUGUCGUCUGAUUGUAAAAGAUCGUACGAGUCUGCAGCAAUAUCCAGCCAUACACUUCAGGAUUCUAAUGCCCAACGGAAAGAUCAGAAGUCCAAGUUGGAUGUACAAUCUUCUGGACAUGAAGAUAUCUAUCCUGGAGGGAAUUCAAGAGCUCCUGAAACUCUCUAUAGCUCAAUGGAGGAUGUUGAUUGUAGUAGUAGCGAUACCACAGAAACCAAUCCAUGUGCAGCAAUGAUAAAUUUGUCCUUCGAUGAUCAUGUUGACAAUAGCUCUUCUCCUUAUUCUAAUACCUGGUCUGAGGCAUCAAAAGAUGAUGAUCAUUGUGAUCUGAAAAGAACUCGAGAUUUGAGAAGAUCAUCGUCUGAUUCCUUGAAGAACAGACAUCAAGGGGGUAAAGUUGAUUAUCAUCGCUCUAGGAGGAAAAGGUAUGAUAAUCAACGGAAAGAAAGAGGCGGUAAGUGUCGUUUGAGAGUCAGAAAUGAAGAAGAUUUAAAGCACGAUGGGCGGAUGGUUCGGAGGCAUUUGGAGUUAAAGAACUAUAGUGGUGAAGAUUAUGUAUGUCAAAGUGGCAUUUCAGAGCCUAGCUAUGGCCUGGACCGCUCAAGGGCUCACCAUCGUAAGAGUGAAGGAUGGUGUUCUGCUCUUGAUGAUGAAUAUUCUCCUACUGAUAGGGAAAAUGAAAUUUCCCUUGGCUGCUAUGAUAGAAGUUCUGUUGAAAAGCGGUUUCAAGCAGAACGCACGAAGGAUUUUAAUCGACAGGUUCAUUCGGGGUCAAGAGAUGUAGAUAUUUAUUUUCAAAAAGAGUGGGAUGAAGAACAAUUCUAUUCUGAUAGAAUGACAAGUCCAAUUGUUCAAAAAGAUCGGCAUCUUCAGGAAAGAGAAUGUAUAAUGAGGGAUGAAAAAUCUUUUCUUCGGGACCAACAAUAUUUCAUGUCGAAGUUUUCUUCUUCCCGCGGUAUCAACCGGUAUAAACAACAAAGGAAAUAUGAUGAUGUCCACUUUGAUGGAAGAAGUAAACAUGGCCAGUCAUUACUAUAUAGGUAUUCUGAUGGGCCUGUGCACAAUAGGCAUGAGAGGCUCAAUCCCUUGGAUGAUAGACAAAGCAAGUUUUUAGAUUUAGAGAUUGAACAUGAAAGACGCUCAUGGAAUUAUCAAGGGAAGGUAGAAACAUCUGGCAGAGGGGAUGAGUACUUUGAAACUACAUUAGAUAUGGAUUAUCCACGAUAUACUGUAUAUUAUGAUGAUGAAUAUUGGAAGGGACAAACUUCCACAAGUACACAUGAUUAUCGAGAUGGGCUACCUACCGAUGACGAAGGAAGGCUUCAGAACAACCUUUACAGAGAUGAUGAGGAUGAACCACAAUUAUAUCAGAAAUAUCAAAAACAUAGCAGGUCUAUGUAUGCCAAAAUUGAUAUAGAUAGUAGACAUGUUUAUGAUCACAAGGAUGCUUAUAGUAGACAAGAUGCUGCCAGGUACCUUGAUGAGGAUGACUAUUUUGAGAAAAGGCGAAAAGUCUUCCAGUCCAAGGGAAUGAGCUGGAAUGACGAUACAUUGUUUGAUGGAUGUUCUGAUGAUGAGUUUUGUGAUGAAAGUUUCUUGGAAUUUUUCAAAGGCACUCCAAGACAUAAAUGGCAUGGGGUUAAGCAUGGAUUUGUGCGUGGUAGGAUUAUGCAUACACAAAUCGUGAAAGGUAGGUAUGGAGUGGUGAGUGAUGGUGGUGGUAAACCUUAUUCCAAAAUGUCAGCAAGAGCUAAACAUGAAAAGAAUUGGCUACGAGGAAGGAAUGCGGCAGAACUGAGGCAUUCUGCUGGGGAAAGAAAGGCAAGGCAUGCAUCUAAGUGUUGACUAUGUUUUUGCAAAUGAGAGCUAUCUGAGAAAACAUUAUAGGUUCUGCUUAGCACCUGUUACAUUCUUCUUUGUUGUUUACUUAUUUGCUCUAAAACAUGAUUGCUUAUAAGGUCUGAGUAAUAUAGUAAUUUUUUUUUUUUUUAUACAUAGGACAGCGCAUUUGCAAAAUGUUAGUUUUGGUCCUUUGCAAAGCCUGAAGGAGGUACUUGGUUUUUGUUGGGGAGAAGUAUGGGUUCCUUAUUAAUUAUUUCAAACUCAUGGUUAGUUAUUACUCAUUAGUGUAACCGUGUAUUUCGUUCUUUGUUUAGACUAUUUUCUCUCAUCUUUCUAUUCAUGACCUAAGCUCUGUGAAGAUAGUUUGCUACCGUAUGAUUGAUAUUUCAAAGCCUUAAGAUAGAAUUAAAUUUUUUGAACUGUGGCCUUCCGCUGUUGGUGCGGUAUAGGCUCCUUAAAGUUCAAUUUCUGACUCUAUGCUGGGUGGUCUCCCUUAAACAAGCCAAGAAUAUGGUGGUGUGACUAAUGGUGCAUAAUUGCAUUGGUCGGAUGAGGGGGUUGAUGCUUUGAUAUCGUUGUGUAGUGAAGUAUAUUUGUGGGGAAAUUUAGGAACAUGCUUAAAGGAGAUAGUAACUUUAGCUUUCCUUCUGAGACUCUUGGCGGGUGAAUGAAUCCUCCUUGUCUCCUUGAGCUUGUUUCUUUUUUUGAAAGCUACAAGAUUCCUUGCAGAAGGUGAACUUAAAUGAAGGAAUUUUAUCCUGGCUAGAAAAUGUAAAACUUCAUGAAGAGUUAGUUGAUCACUUCCUACUUUUCUUUGCCUGGGCGCUUUCUUUGAUGACAUUUGAGUUUACCUUUGUUCAAAAUGACUUUUGUUCAACCUUGUUAAGUGAAAGGUGUUCUGAUGGCUUGGAAGAGGAGGUUGAAGGACAGUGGAUUGCAGAAAUAUGGAAGCUUGUUCUUGUGGCAUUAGGGUGGUAUGCAUGGAAAGAGAGGGGUUUUAUAUUUUUUAGGGGAAAGACUUGUCAUGCCAAGCCUUUAAAUUCAAAUCAUCCUAGGGUCUUGUGUAGUUGGAGUUGAGCGCUUCAUGAUUAGCAUCACUGCACUGACUACCUUUCACUUGAUUUUGUAGAUAACAUCCUGCAUCUUUCAUGUAGAUUCUUUGAUUUGUAGAUUUUUUUUGCUUUAGAAGAUUUAUGAUUGACUGCGAGAAUGAUAUGUUUUGGACCCAACACUUCUUUUUGGUGCUUAACACCUUUUUCGUGUCCUAAUUAAAUUCUCUAUCACCUACUCCCUCUGCCCCUAAAAGAUUGCCCCACUUUCCUUUUUGGUUUGUGCCUCAAAAAUAUUGCCUUUUUUCCGUUUGCAGUCACAUGCUUCUCACAAUCUCAGUCUACUUUUUCUCCUAACCCCCACACAAAUAUACUAAACUAACUACACGCUCAAUACAACUAUUAAAAAGGUAACUAGAAGAGAAUGGGGAAAACGUUAAGGGAUAGAUGGGUAUCUAAUCAGUUCUAUAGAAGCUAGAAAAAGUCAACAUUCUUUUGGGCAAGAGAUGAUCAUUCAUGCAUUCGGCUUAGUAUGUGACUGAUAAUGGGAAGAGGCAUGUGACGUCACUGAAAAUCAAAAUGGAGGAGGUGAAGCAAAUUGUGGUGGAGAGGAUUCAUGAAGCCAAAGCAUUAUUGGAACUUGCUGUCUGAUGAUGGUGUCAUCUCUCGCUUGUUGCUUUCUGCUAUUAGGCAGGGAGGUCUGCUGGCUGCUGUCCUGGCGUGAACAAACUUUAUCUAGAAGCCAACUGGGUUUUGCUGUUGGUUAUUAGUUAUUAGAAGUUUAUGCUUGCAUAGAAAGAAAAUAGGUGGAUUUCGGUACCCUGAAGAUAUGAUAGGCACCUUAUUUAUCUCUACCGUAUUCUCCUCUUCCUUUCCUUUGCCAAAGUCAGGGUUGACUACACUCUCAGUAAACGAUGCAGUGUGCCAUCAAGCCGCAGAACCUUUAGUAAUGCAUUUCAUUUCCAUUAAUAUCAUGGCAAUUUGUGAAAUGUGUGAAAGAUGAAAGAAUGAGUAAUAUGAUGUGGACUGGUUUGAUUAAUGUGCUAACUGAAUCUGUGAUUGUUAUGUUACUCUUGUAGUCUGCUUUUUCAAUUAUCAGAUUAUGGUAUGUCAUAAAAUUGCCAUUGUGAUUCUUGUAUGUUGGUCUUAAAAAGUACAAGCUUCUGAGAUUUAUAGUUUUCUUUGUUUUUACUAUUGUAGUACCUGGGGAAGUCUUUCUUGAUAGGGUAUAUGGACAAAGGUCUUCAAACUUCAUAGUGUGAUUGCUGCAGCUUGCCUACUCUUUCUUUCAUAAUCAAGAUUAUUUCUUAAUUUACUUCUGAUUACUUUUGAGAUAUGUUGUGUCUCAUAUAAGUUGAAAAUGGUGCUUCACUCCUGGAAAAAGAAUUCAGUUUUACCUGCAUAGCUGCUCAGCUAUAACUGCCUUUUAGGACUUCAUUUCUAAGCUAAUAUUGAUAUUUGGGACUGUGAUCCUGUAUGAUUAUCAUAUCCUUUGAAAUAGUGUUAGAAUGAGUGACAUUACAAUUACUGGUAGAUGGUGAUUAUAUAUUUUUUGAUCUAAAACGUUUCCCGUACAAAAGAAAAGGAGUUUACUUUAUCCUGUCAUGAUUUUGCAUCAAGUAGUCUAUUAGGAGAUCAUGCUCCCAGUUGCAUGUUCUUUUCACUGCACCCGUAUGUUCUUUUUACAAUUCCAUGUUCUUUUAUCAAUGUACACAUUUUCUAUUACUCUUGCAUGUUCUUUUAGCAUGAUUUUUUUUUGAAACAUUUAUGUUCUUUUAGUUUGAACUAGCUAUAGAUUAUGUAGGUGUUAUGAAAAGUACAUGUAACAUGCUCUCGAGUGUAAGAUCUAGGCAUUUGUUGUGUGCUUGUUCACCUUUUGAGAUUUGUUGGUCUGUCAUUAUAUUGUUACGGGGAAAUGUUAGGCUAAUGUUGUCAAAGCUAGUGAUUUAUGAUAUAGCAGUUGUUUAAUUUUUGGUGUGUUCCUGUUAUGUGAGGGCUCCCCUUGGCGAGAUUGUAGUAUCCUGUGAUAUCUCUUCUAUGUGAAAUGAAGUAUGAUAUUGAGAUUUUAAUGUUCGCUACAUGGAUUUUAGUGUGAUUUUGUAUAUUUUACCUUCUUUGAUUUUUCAAAGGAGCCUGUUUCUUGUCUGUUCUCAUGCCACAAUGUUGAUUUUCAGUUUUAAGUAGUGCCAGUGUGCCAUCACACUUACCAGAAACAAUGUCCUCUUCUUUUCUUUCUUCUUUUUGUCUAGCAGAUCACAUAUUUCUGAGAACACACACACACACAUGACAUGCAGGAAAGGUUUCAGUUACAAAUGGAUUUUUGAUUUACAAAAUAAGAAGUUAAUCCAUAAAAUGCUCAUUACUACUUACAAACGCUCAUAUGAUAACUUGUUGAUGCACAUUUAUUUAUAUUAUUUGGAUUGUCUAUAAUAUACUCAUUUAUCUAUGCACCUGUAUUCGUUAUACUACUGCUAUGCUCAUCUUGAAAAUGUUUAUUUCAAUGCUUAUGGACGUUUAUUUUUGAUGGAAAAAUUUUUAACCCUUAUCUUGUGUUAAUGGCUCUCAUUCCUUUUUUACUUUGGACGUUAAACUUCAACCUUAAAAGGUUGUUAAUUAGACAACAGCGCAUAUGAAACUUAUUGGGGCCUACUUGCUUUCAUUGCAGAUGCUAUCAUGUUUUCACAGAAGAAUACACUCAUAGUAACCUGUAUUUUUGUUAAGGUUGUGUCUUUUUAUUUGGUUGGUUAAUGCAGAUGAGUCCAAAUGUUGAAAUGUUUUAUUUAAACUCAAAUUUGCAUUGAGUGUGACUUAUGGAUAAGGCAUCCCAGAUUUGAUAAACAUAUGUUUGGAGGAAGUGACCUGCAGGUUGAUCAACAAAGUUGAGCAUGUUCAGAGCUUGUUUCAUUGGUGCUUUUUUAGCUUGAGGGAUGGUAUGGUCAAUAUUUUUUUCUCCUGUUCUUUAUUAGCCUGGCAAAUAGUGCAUAGUGGAUGAGAAUCUACUCCAAGCUGAAGUGAAGGAGGAGUUCCAUGUAGGAGUUUGUGUUUACAAGGUUUUUCAUUUUAAGUUAUAGUGUGGAAUGAGGAUACCGUCAUGUUUCUUUGAAUCCGAUAGUGAUAAUGAUGUUGUAUCUUUCUCUUCGGAUAUGGGUUUUUUUUUGGAGGGGAAGUAGUGGUAGUUGGGAGGGUAAAUACUCUUAAGAUUUAAGAGUUCAGAAGUCUUUGGUGUUAUUGCCUUAUAAUUCUUCUAAACCUUUGACCUCAUUUUUCUAAAAUUGAUUCUUGGACUAAUUUCUUAAUAGGAGUCAGCAUUAAAUUUGAGAAGGUAUUCCUCAAGAAUUCUUGGUUGAGUUAUGCCUUCUGCCAUUAGUUAUGGGCUUAGCUACCAAGCCCUUAAUGUGAUCUAUCAAUGACUUUGUAUACACAAUAAAGUGAAGAAUCUGAGAAGGCAGUGACAAAAUGUUCACUGCUGUAAAUCCAGGUUAUUGUAAAAUCUACUAGUGGGACUUUCUAAUUGCUGAAUCCCUUGAUAAUCUGGAGAUCAAUAGGUCGAAUUCUAUCUUCA